AUGUUGGUACUGGACAGAGUAAUCCGACCACACUUAAUGUUGUGGGAAGUAAGUAUAUUACGUCCACUUUAUAGAUGUCAUGCUACAAACAAUGUUGGUACUGGACACAGUAAUCCGACCACACUUAAUGUUGUGGGAAAUGUCAUGCUACAAACAAUGUUGGUACUGGACAGAGUAAUCCGACCACACUUAAUGUUGUGGGAAGUAAGUAUAUUACGUCCACUUUAUAGAUGUCAUGCUACAAACAAUGUUGGUACUGGACAGAGUAAUCCGACCACACUUAAUGUUGUGGGAAAUGUCAUGCUACAAACAAUGUUGGUACUGGACACAGUAAUCCGACCACACUUAAUGUUGUGGGAAGUAAGUAUAUUACGUCCACUUUAUAGAUGUCAUGCUACAAACAAUGUUGGUACUGGACACAGUAAUCCGACCACACUUAAUGUUGUGGGAAAUGUCAUGCUACAAACAAUGUUGGUACUGGACACAGUAAUCCGACCACACUUAAUGUUGUGGGAAGUAAGUAUAUUACGUCCACUUUAUAGAUGUCAUGCUACAAACAAUGUUGGUACUGGACACAGUAAUCCGACCACACUUAAUGUUGUGGGAAAUGUCAUGCUACAAACAAUGUUGGUACUGGACAGAGUAAUCCGACCACACUUAAUGUUGUGGGAAGUAAGUAUAUUACGUCCACUUUAUAGAUGUCAUGCUACAAACAAUGUUGGUACUGGACAGAGUAAUCCGACCACACUUAAUGUUGUGGGAAAUGUCAUGCUACAAACAAUGUUGGUACUGGACACAGUAAUCCGACCACACUUAAUGUUGUGGGAAGUAAGUAUAUUACGUCCACUUUAUAGAUGUCAUGCUACAAACAAUGUUGGUACUGGACACAGUAAUCCGACCACACUUAAUGUUGUGGGAAAUGUCAUGCUACAAACAAUGUUGGUACUGGACACAGUAAUCCGACAACACUCAAUGUUGUGGGAAGUAAGUAUAUUACGUCCACUUUAUAGAUGUCAUGCUACAAACAAUGUUGGUACUGGACACAGUAAUCCGACCACACUUAAUGUUGUGGGAAAUGUCAUGCUACAAACAAUGUUGGUACUGGACACAGUAAUCCGACCACACUUAAUGUUGUGGGAAGUAAGUAUAUUACGUCCACUUUAUAGAUGUCAUGCUACAAACAAUGUUGGUACUGGACACAGUAAUCCGACCACACUUAAUGUUGUGGGAAAUGUCAUGCUACAAACAAUGUUGGUACUGGACACAGUAAUCCGACAACACUCAAUGUUGUGGGAAGUAAGUAUAUUACGUCCACUUUAUAGAUGUCAUGCUACAAACAAUGUUGGUACUGGACACAGUAAUCCGACAACACUCAAUGUUGUGGGAAAUGUCAUGCUACAAACAAUGUUGGUACUGGACACAGUAAUCCGACCACACUUAAUGUUGUGGGAAGUAAGUAUAUUACGUCCACUUUAUAGAUGUCAUGCUACAAACAAUGUUGGUACUGGACACAGUAAUCCGACAACACUCAAUGUUGUGGGAAAUGUCAUGCUACAAACAAUGUUGGUACUGGACACAGUAAUCCGACCACACUUAAUGUUGUGGGAAGUAAGUAUAUUACGUCCACUUUAUAGAUGUCAUGCUACAAACAAUGUUGGUACUGGACACAGUAAUCCGACCACACUUAAUGUUGUGGGAAAUGUCAUGCUUCAAACAAUGUUGGUACUGGACACAGUAAUCCGACCACACUUAAUGUUGUGGGAAGUAAGUAUAUUACGUCCACUUUAUAGAUGUCAUGCUACAAACAAUGUUGGUACUGGACACAGUAAUCCGACCACACUUAAUGUUGUGGGAAAUGUCAUGCUACAAACAAUGUUGGUACUGGACACAGUAAUCCGACCACACUUAAUGUUGUGGGAAGUAAGUAUAUUACGUCCACUUUAUAGAUGUCAUGCUACAAACAAUGUUGGUACUGGACACAGUAAUCCGACAACACUCAAUGUUGUGGGAAAUGUCAUGCUACAAACAAUGUUGGUACUGGACAGAGUAAUCCGACCACACUUAAUGUUGUGGGAAGUAAGUAUAUUACGUCCACUUUAUAGAUGUCAUGCUACAAACAAUGUUGGUACUGGACACAGUAAUCCGACCACACUUAAUGUUGUGGGAAAUGUCAUGCUACAAACAAUGUUGGUACUGGACACAGUAAUCCGACCACACUUAAUGUUGUGGGAAGUAAGUAUAUUACGUCCACUUUAUAGAUGUCAUGCUACAAACAAUGUUGGUACUGGACACAGUAAUCCGACAACACUUAAUGUUGUGGGAAAUGUCAUGCUACAAACAAUGUUGGUACUGGACACAGUAAUCCGACCACACUUAAUGUUGUGGGAAGUAAGUAUAUUACGUCCACUUUAUAGAUGUCAUGCUACAAACAAUGUUGGUACUGGACACAGUAAUCCGACCACACUUAAUGUUGUGGGAAAUGUCAUGCUACAAACAAUGUUGGUACUGGACACAGUAAUCCGACCACACUUAAUGUUGUGGGAAGUAAGUAUAUUACGUCCACUUUAUAGAUGUCAUGCUACAAACAAUGUUGGUACUGGACACAGUAAUCCGACAACACUCAAUGUGUGGGAAGUAAGUAUAUUACGUCCACUUUAUAGAUGUCAUGCUACAAACAAUGUUGGUACUGGACACAGUAAUCCGACCACACUUAAUGUUGUGGGAAAUGUCAUGCUACAAACAAUGUUGGUACUGGACACAGUAAUCCGACCACACUUAAUGUUGUGGGAAGUAAGUAUAUUACGUCCACUUUAUAGAUGUCAUGCUACAAACAAUGUUGGUACUGGACAGAGUAAUCCGACCACACUUAAUGUUGUGGGAAAUGUCAUGCUACAAACAAUGUUGGUACUGGACACAGUAAUCCGACCACACUUAAUGUUGUGGGAAGUAAGUAUAUUACGUCCACUUUAUAGAUGUCAUGCUACAAACAAUGUUGGUACUGGACACAGUAAUCCGACCACACUUAAUGUUGUGGGAAAUGUCAUGCUACAAACAAUGUUGGUACUGGACACAGUAAUCCGACAACACUUAACGUUGUGGGAAGUAAGUAUAUUACGUCCACUUUAUAGAUGUCAUGCUACAAACAAUGUUGGUACUGGACACAGUAAUCCGACAACACUCAAUGUUGUGGGAAAUGUCAUGCUACAAACAAUGUUGGUACUGGACACAGUAAUCCGACCACACUUAAUGUUGUGGGAAGUAAGUAUAUUACGUCCACUUUAUAGAUGUCAUGCUACAAACAAUGUUGGUAGUGGACACAGUAAUCCGACCACACUUAAUGUUGUGGGAAAUGUCAUGCUACAAACAAUGUUGGUACUGGACACAGUAAUCCGACCACACUUAAUGUUGUGGGAAGUAAGUAUAUUACGUCCACUUUAUAGAUGUCAUGCUACAAACAAUGUUGGUACUGGACACAGUAAUCCGACCACACUUAAUGUUGUGGGAAAUGUCAUGCUACAAACAAUGUUGGUACUGGACACAGUAAUCCGACCACACUUAAUGUUGUGGGAAGUAAGUAUAUUACGUCCACUUUAUAGAUGUCAUGCUACAAACAAUGUUGGUACUGGACACAGUAAUCCGACCACACUUAAUGUUGUGGGAAAUGUCAUGCUACAAACAAUGUUGGUACUGGACACAGUAAUCCGACCACACUUAAUGUUGUGGGAAGUAAGUAUAUUACGUCCACUUUAUAGAUGUCAUGCUACAAACAAUGUUGGUACUGGACAGAGUAAUCCGACCACACUUAAUGUUGUGGGAAAUGUCAUGCUACAAACAAUGUUGGUACUGGACACAGUAAUCCGACCACACUUAAUGUUGUGGGAAGUAAGUAUAUUACGUCCACUUUAUAGAUGUCAUGCUACAAACAAUGUUGGUACUGGACACAGUAAUCCGACCACACUUAAUGUUGUGGGAAAUGUCAUGCUACAAACAAUGGUGGUACUGGACACAGUAAUCCGACAACACUUAACGUUGUGGGAAGUAAGUAUAUUACGUCCACUUUAUAGAUGUCAUGCUACAAACAAUGUUGGUACUGGACAGAGUAAUCCGACCACACUUAACGUUGUGGGAAAUGUCAUGCUACAAACAAUGUUGGUACUGGACACAGUAAUCCGACCACACUUAAUGUUGUGGGAAGUAAGUAUAUUACGUCCACUUUAUAGAUGUCAUGCUACAAACAAUGUUGGUACUGGACACAGUAAUCCGACCACACUUAAUGUUGUGGGAAAUGUCAUGCUACAAACAAUGUUGGUACUGGACACAGUAAUCCGACCACACUUAAUGUUGUGGGAAGUAAGUAUAUUACGUCCACUUUAUAGAUGUCAUGCUACAAACAAUGUUGGUACUGGACACAGUAAUCCGACCACACUUAAUGUUGUGGGAACUUUACCAAUAGUGACUGUUGCACAAACUAAUUACCCUGUUAAUUAUGGACAGUCUGUCCAGCUAGUGUGUACUGUAAGUGCCACUCCAUCCCACACACAAGUGUACUGGACUAGAGUACAGAACACACAGGCAGUGACCAUUACUACCUCAAAUACAGCCAAAUAUAGCGGAUCUACCAUCAGUAAUCCAUCUCUUACUAUAAAUGUCGUGGACCAAAAUGAUGAAACAUUUUAUGUUUGUUAUGCAACAAAUGUGGUGGGAACUGGACAGAGUCAACAAACCUUUGUAGAUGUUUCUGGAAGUUUACCUGUUGUGACUGUUCAGUCUAACAGUUACAGUGUACUACUUGGACAGACAGCAACUCUUGUUUGUACAAUAUCCGCUAACCCCAGUGCCACAAGUGUACUGUGGAAUAAAGUUAUAAAUGGAGUACAAUCUUCUCUUUCAACUACUGCUGGAAAGUAUAACACACCAACUGUCAGCAGUCCUAAUCUAAUUGUCAACACUGCUGCUCAGAUUGAUGAGGGCUACUAUGUGUGUACAGCAGCUAACGUUGUCGGUACCGGAUCUUCAUCUCAGACAUAUUUGACUGUCACAGGAAAUCUACCAUCAGUAACUGUAGCUUUAUCAAAUUACAACACUAACAUUGGUGCGACUGUGACUCUUGGUUGUACUGUUGUGGCCUCUCCUGCUGCCACCAAUGUAUACUGGCAACGUUUUGUUAACAAUCUACAACAAACUGUUGAUACCACCUCUUCCAACUCACGAUAUAGUGGUUCUUCGGUCUCUAAUCCGUCACUGGUCAUCACUAACGCCCAAUCAUCGGAUGAAGGAAACUAUAUGUGUUAUGCUACCAACAGAAUUGGAACUGGUAAUAGUCAGCAGACCUAUCUAGACGUUAUUGGAAAUAUACCUGUUGUGACAGUACAAGAGAAUGUUUACUCUGUCAACAUCGGAAGUAGCAUCAAUCUGGUGUGUAAUGUACAAGCCAAUCCUAGCCAUACUUCUGUCACGUGGCGGAAAAUUAUAAAUGGAGUAACAACAACGGUUACAAUAUCUGGGAGGUUUUCCGGCGCUGCAGUCAACAGUCCAACUCUAACAAUAACUAAUGCAAUUCUAAACGAUGAAGGCUAUUAUGUAUGUUUAGCGACGAAUAGUGUUGGAACAGGUCAAAGUUCACAAACGUUUUUAGAUGUCAUUGGCAGUGUCCCUACUGUUUCUAUUGGGUCCAACUACUACUCCGUCAACUACGGACAUACAGCAACCAUUGUAUGCAAUGUUGUUGCAACACCAACAGAAACAAGUAUAUCGUGGCAGAAAAUACAUAAUGGUAUACCAUCAACAAUAGUUAUAACAGGGAGAUACCAGGGUGGUACUGUAUCUUCACCAAAUUUGAUUAUCACUGGUGCGGAGAGUACAGAUGAGGCAUUCUACAUAUGUUCUGCUUCUAACAGUUUAGGAACAGGGCGAAGUUCUCAGACAUACCUCGAUGUUCAAGGAUCUGUUCCUUCCGUACAGAUAUUAUCCAACUUUUACUCAGUGGAGAUUGGUUUUUCUGUCACGCUCCAGUGCACUGUGACAGCUAAUUCAUCUCAUACAAGCGUGACAUGGAAGAAGAUAGUUAACGGACAGGAAAGUAAUAUAGGAUCAAACAAUAGAUAUUCAGGAGGCAGUACCAAUACACCUUCUUUGACAAUUUCCAACGCUGUUGACACAGACGAAGGGUAUUACAUAUGUACCGCAGCAAAUGCAGUGGGCACAGGUCAAAGUUCACAGACAUAUUUAGACGUUACAGGAAGUAUAUUAACAGUCACUGUACCACAGUCAUCCUAUAGUGUGAAUCAUGGUCAGUCAGUACAGUUGGUAUGUACCGUUUCCGGAACUCCUGCAGUACAAAAUGUGUACUGGCAACAGAACACAAAUGGCGUUCAAACAAAUAUCAACUCGAACACAAAUUCGAACAAAUAUUCAGGAUCUUCAACAGGAACCCCGUCUCUGACAAUUCUGAAUGCUGACAGUAAUGACGUAGGAUCGUACACAUGUUACGCUACAAACUCUGUCGGAACUGGACAUAGUCAACAGACUCAGCUUUCCGUAGUUGGCAAUGUACCCUCUGUUACAAUCGGACAAGGCUAUACUGUUGUUCUUGGAAAUUCUAUCACUUUGACAUGUACUAUACUUGCCACCCCGGCUGCCACCAGCGUUCAAUGGAAUAGAAUAACAAAUAAUGCACCUGUUGCAAUAAUCGUAGCCAGCAACCCAACUAAAUAUGCAGGUGCUACUAUCAGUACGCCAUCUUUGACAAUUUCUAACUCUGUUGAGGGCGAUGAAGGAUACUACACUUGUGAAGCAACAAACUCCGUUGGAACAGGAACUAGUACCCAUACCUUCUUAAACGUUCUAGGAACAAUACCAGCGGUUACCAUUCCCCAGUCACAGUAUAGUGUAACUGUUGGUUUGUCCGUUACCAUGAUUUGUACCGUGUCAGCCAACCCUGCUCAUACAUCAGUUAGUUGGCAAAAAGUUGUAAAUGGAGUAGCAACAAAUAUCAAUCUAUCUCAGACGAGUAAAUACUCCGGAUCUACUACUACAUCACCAUCUUUGACUGUUCUGAAUGCUGUCAUUGCUGACCAAGGAUAUUACACAUGUAGUGCCCAGAAUAGUGUCGGCACAGGUACCAGUUCACAGACAUAUCUGGGUGUAUCGGGAAGUGUUCCUGUAGUUACCGUACUAUCAAGCAGCUACUCUAUCAACGUCGGUAAUUCCAUCACACUACAGUGUACUGUAAAUGCCAACCCAUCAGCGACUAGUGUCACAUGGCAGCGAUUCACCAAUAAUGUGGCAACAAUUAUUGACAUGUCUAGUGGUCGUUACAGCGGAAGUUCAGUUUUGUCACCAUCAUUGGUCAUAAGUAAUACUGACACAUCAGACGAAGGGUUUUAUAUCUGUACAGCUACAAAUAGUGUUGGAUCUGGACAAAGUCAACAAACUUUCUUGGAUGUCAUUGGAAGUAUUCCAACGGUCACUGUUCCACAAUCUACAUACACAGUCAACAGAGGAUCAUCAGUCACGUUACAAUGUACUUAUACAUCAAACCCAGCAGCUACUAGUGUUAUCUGGGAAAGGACAGUAGCCAAUCAGGUCACAAUAAUAUCUACAUCUAUCAGUAAAUAUGAUGGUUCCACCACCCAGUCACCAUCUUUGAUAAUAAAUACUGCUGACGAAAAAGACGAGGCCAAUUAUGUUUGUAAAGUAACCAACAGUAUAGGAACUGGAAUCAGCUCUCCUGUAUUCCUUGAUGUUUUAGGCAACGUUCCUGUUGUGACAACGCCUACGUCAGCAUAUACUGUAAAUGUUGGUGAUUCUGUUACCAUGACAUGUACAGUAACAGCUAAUCCACAACACACCACCGUUUACUGGCAGUAUAUAGCUGGUGGCUCAUCUACAAAUGUAAACAUGGGAGGAAGAUUUAGUGGAUCAUCAGUCAGCUCACCCUCCCUAACAUUAUCUACUGCACAGUUAUCAGACAAAGGAACAUAUGUAUGCUAUGCUACCAACAGUGUGGGAACGGGACAUAGUCCACAGGUUGUUCUGGCUGUAACUGGCAGUGUUCCAAGUGUAAGUCUUACACGGACAACUUUUACUGGUGACUAUGGAGACACAAUUACACUUGGUUGUACUGUAUCUGCAAAUCCUGCUGCUACCUCCGUUUACUGGCAGAAAGUUGCGGGAAGUACAACUUCCACUGUAGACUUGUCUAACUCUAGAUAUACUGGAUCAUCUGUCAGUUCACCAUCUCUAACCAUAACUAACCUCAAUAGUAACGAUGCUGGGAAUUAUAUAUGUCUAGCAGCUAAUUCUGUUGGUACUGGUCAGAGUCUACAAGGACAACUAACGGUUGUUGGAAACAUUCCUGUAGUAACAGUCAGUCAAUCAACUUACACGACAAACAUUGGAAAUACCAUCACACUAGAUUGUGUAGUGUCAGCAAACCCUUCUCACAACACGGUUUACUGGACACGACAGAUUAACAUUGGCAACAGAUUAACUCUUAACCCUGCUUCCUCUAUAAAAUAUUCCGGAUCAACUAUACAGUCACCGUCAUUGACUAUCAACAAUGUAGACACAUCAGAUGAAGGCAAUUAUAUAUGUCAUGCAACUAAUGCUGUUGGUACAGGUCAAAGUUCACAGACAUUCUUAGAUAUAACCGGAAAUGUCCCAACUGUCACGGCGUCAAUCAUCGGUUCUACUAAAGUGGCAAAUUCUGUGACAAUUACAUGUACAGUAAUAGCAACCCCAGCAGCUACACAGAUAGUCUGGCAGAGAUUUGUAAAUAAUGCCGCCACAACUAUUGACACAGGUAGUAUCAGAUACAGCGGAGGAACGACACCUAUACCGUCUCUCACUAUCAAUAGUUUACAAGCAGAUGAUCAAGGACUGUACUUUUGUCAAGCUUCAAACAGCGUGGGAACAGGAACUAGUAAUAAUGUCUAUCUGACUGUUACUGGAGAUGCACCUACAUCCAUUGUUAUUAGACCCAGUCCAAUAACUGUAAAUGAAGGACAGACUAUAACAGCUACAUGUACAGCCCAAGGAAGUCCAACGAUUACAUACACCUGGUUUAAAGGCAAUUCUAAUACACAGUUGUCCACAGGUUCUGUUCUUCAGAUCACAUCCUCUACACGAACUGACGCUGGAACGUACCUAUGUAGAGCUUCCAACACUUAUGGUAAUGCUGACGCAACAGUUACAGUUGAGGUUCAGUAUAUACCAGAUGUAACUAUCACACAGCCGUCUCAAGGCAGUGGUGGACAGGCUAUCACAAUACAGUGCUCCUACGUUUCUAACCCAGGUGCUACUAAUGUUAUAUGGAGCAAAGGAAACCAAGGCAUUACUGUUGAUGGCAGCAAAUACGUCGGUGGUACCUUGUCUAAUCCUAGACUUACUAUCACUAACCUAGCUGCUUCAGAUCAAGGAUCAUACAGGUGUUCAGUAGUCAAUUCCGUAGGACAAGGAGAUUCAUCAUCUGUCAUUCUCACGGUUGACACAUCAACUGCACCAUCAUACAUAAGAAUAUUAUCAUCAUGUGUUGUGGUAAAUGAAGGUGAAAGUUUCACCCUGACUUGUGAAGCUGAUGGUGAUCCUGCCCCAACAUUCAAUUGGUAUCAAAAUGACGUCAUGAUACAUCAAGGUGCUGUUUUAUACAUUUCUAACGCCAACUGGACUAUUCACGACGGUUUAAAUGUGUGUAAAGCUACCAACACCAAAGGAAGCAAACAGGCAUGGGAAGGUGUUGACGUUCAGUAUAAACCAGUAAGUACUGUUACACAGACAAGCAUAUCACAAACAGUUGGUAAUCCUGUCAGUCUUAGCUGUGACACACGUGCUAACCCAUCAGCUACUGCAUGGCAAUGGUUUUACAAUGGCUAUUCUCUAUCGUCUACCAGCAAAGUGCUUGUUGUUGAUAUGGAUUUAGCAAGUGAUGCUGGGCAAUAUACCUGUAGAGCUAUAAACGGUGUAGGAACAUCAUCAGACAUUACAUUCAACAUUGCUGUACUAAUAGGGACAGAAGGGCCAACGGUCACUCAGCCUGCAGAACCUGUAACUGGAGCAUCAAUAAUUGACACAGCGCCAUUAUCUACUGGAGAAAUAGUGGCAAUACUCUUAGCCAUUCUUUUUGUCCUACUGUUAAUAAUUGGAAUCAUUGUAUGCUGUUGUUGUCAAGAAAAGUGUGCAUCUUUGUGUGGUGGUAAGAAAGAAAGAAUAACUCCACAAGAAGAACCAAAGAGAACUGAAAUACCUGUGUACUAUCAAGAACCUGAUGAAUCUGUUAUUUCGCUCCGUAAAUUAGAAAUACCAACAUUUAAAAAGAAUGUAGAACAACCUGUUAGAAAGGCACGGGCCGAAACACAUAAUAUGUACAGUAGACAUCCUGAGGAUGAAGAUGAAGAGCAUGUGAUUCAAAAGUACCAAAGUUUUCAGCCUGAAGAUACCGGAAAACUUGAGACAAGAAAACGCGCCAUAGACAACAUAUAUUCUGACGUCACUUGCACGUAUGAAGAGGAAGAACGGCGAAGAAAAAGAAGACGCAGGAGGAAAAAGAAGAACAAACGUCUUCGUGAUGAAGGUUAUGGAGAAGAAGACAUUGAGAAUGGUGAUGUUCUACGUUCCAAGUUACGGUCAAGACGUAGCAAACACGGAACCUUCAGGGCGUCACGUGGUCAUGAGCAAGAUGUUAUAGUUAGUGAAAACUUUUAUUACGAACAAGAGUAA